CUUCCAUUUGUUUUCUAUGCUGUUAAUUUGCAAGCACAAGAACCUCUUAGGAGGCUGAAUUUCUCAGAGAGUUUGAAUUUAGCAGAAGCCUGUAAAGCACUUACUGAAGAUAAGGUGUCCUUCUGAAGGAAGAUAGCAUUCAGAGAACCCAGCUGCACAGACUACAUCCCCAGAACCACCCAUCACCUGAGUCCUUGCAGACGAGGAGCCGUCUGCACCCUCGCUUAUGUCACGACAUUGCAUGAAGAGUUUGAGACCUUCCAGGUUUUCUUCAGGGAGCUCUUCAUGCUCCAGAAUGUCUACUGUGUUCAUGUGGAUGUCAUUAAGGAACUAUUUCCCUUUCAGCAGGCAGUGAUACUUUCUCAGUGCCUGCCUCAUUUCCAGGCAAAGAGAGUGGUGUGGGGCAGCAUCUCCCUAUGGACUGACCUCCACUGCAUGAGAGACCUGUUGGCCUCGACCUUAGACUGGUGCUACCUACUCAACACCUGUGGUCAGGACCUGUCCUUGAAGAACAGCAGGGAAAUCACCCAGCUGCUGAAGAGCCUUGAGGGCAAGAACAUCACACUUACUGUGCUGCCCUCUCUCCAUGCCACCACCUACACCAAAUACGUGCAGAGGGAGCAAUUUUACUCUUCCUUUUUUUUCAUGCUGUGGACAUUUGUGUGCAAGAUGCCCUGGCCACAAAACCUGACCAUCUAUUUUCGCUCUGUGUACAUGGCCAUCACCUGGCUCUUUGUGGGGUUGGUGCUACAGGACCAGUGUGUUCUCCAUCUGCUGGCUUGGCCUGAGGACACCAACAGCCUUGAGGGGCACUUGUGGAUGAUGCCCUGCAGGAUCCCAGGUGAGCAUGCUUUCACUUGGUUCUCCUGUUAA